CGUUAUGUUUAGUCUAUGGACGAAGACAUGUUUGUUUUGUUUACACUACGUAGCAGAAUGAAUUUUUUUGAAAAUGCUUUUAAAGUUUCGAGAAAUAUGGACGUUAAAAGUAUUUUCACCUUUUCUCAUUGCCCUCGUAGCAAUUACAGGUGAUCGAUGCGUUUCAUCUCCGCGGUUAAAUCAACUGCAAAGAGCUAUACUUGACAACUUAACCCAUGCUGUCAUUGGAUUUGAAACUUGGUAUUUCGUAACUGUGUAUUGUUUCUGCAAAUAUAGACUAGCACACGAGCUCUUGGAGUCUUUCCUGUGCGGCGUAAUAUCGUCUCUUAUUGAUGUGGACCACUUUAUUGCAGCAAGAUCACUGCAUCUGAAGGAUGCAGUACGGCUGGAGUCGCGGCCGUUCCUCCACUGCACGUCGGCGCUGCUGGCGGCGUGCGGCGCGCUGCUGCUGGCCGGCCGCGCGUGCGGGGUCCCGGGGCUCCACCGCGCCGGCUGCCUCGCGGCCGCCGCCGUGCUGAGCCACCACCUGCGCGACGCGGCGCGGCGCGGGCUGUGCCUCUGGCCGCUCGGCUCCACCGCCCCCCUGCCCUACGGCGUGUACGUCGGCCUGUGCGCGUCGCUGCCGCUGGCCGUCGCCGCGCUGCUCUCCCUCGGCCGGCGCGCGGAGUCGCGGUGCGUCGACGUCUGGGAGGCGUAGCGGCGUCUCGCAGACGUCGCGAGGGAUGUUACACUUGUCUAUGUUACAUAUGAAUAUCUAUGUAAUAAUUCUGUUGUUCUUCCGUUGUACAGCUGAGAAAAAUUAAAACCACUGUCAAAACGUAA